CAGUUGUCACUCGACACAGGAACCACAAUCCUUGGCAUAAUCCUGGCAUCAGACCGGACGCACCUAACAAACUUUACUGGUGACCAAAAGAUGCAUGCUGUGUAUAUAUCGCUGGGGAAUAUCUCCAAGAAUGUUCGGAAACGGCGAAGUGCCCACACGUGGUUACUCCUUGCGAAAAUACCUAUUUCUAAGUUUUCCAAGACUCACUUCACUGGAAACAAGUCAGAACGGGAAUCCAUGCCGGGGAUUUCUUCUCAUCGUCUAUUCCAUAAGUGCAUGAAACAAGUACUUGCACUGCUGAGGGUAGAUCGGAGGUUGUAUGAGAUUGUGCAAUCACCUGAUGGCAAACUCCGACUGUGUGUCGCCAUUCUGAUGGCCUGGAUAGCGGAUCUGGAGGAACAGCUGCUUAUCGUUGGGGUGCAGAAUUUCAGUUGUCCAGUUUGU